CGAGUCAAUGAAUUCAGCCAAGUGAUUCACCUACGCGGGCAAAUUAACCACACGGCCUGUGUUUAGUAACAUUGCGACAUACGUCACUAGGCAACCGAUAAACAAGUUUACAGGCAUGGCGGUUCGCGAGCUUCAUUUGAACACUUGAAGCAGUCUGUGAACGACGAUAUUAGUGUUAUGUCAUGUGCAUAAACAAUAGCUGCAGUUAAAAACAUUGAAAUAUUUUUUUUGGUGACAUAUUUUAGGAAGGCAUCAAAAUGCCGGAAGAAAAUGUUAAAGUUGCUGUCCGAGUGCGACCAUUUAUAUCCUUUUGCGCCUGUUUUUAAAUUUUAGCUUUAAAAUUAAAAAGUUUUUCUUAAUAUUGGUAUUAUAGGCUAAUUUUAUUCUGACUUUUUAUCUUAAUUUCAAGAAAACAAUUAAUUAUAUUUUAAAAAUAUUUUUUUAUUUAAUCUUAUUCUAUUUUAAAAAGUUAUAGUUUAAUUUAAUUUAUUAGGCCUAAUUUCAUUAAAUUUAAUGAUGUGUCAGUGUCAGUGUUAGUACUGUUACUGUUACACUCCAACUCCAAACAAUAAUCCCCUGCUGACACUAAUCACUAAUGACUCAGUGACGACGAAGCAAUUUUUGGAAUAAGUUGUUUAAUUAAUAAUUAUCAAAACGUGUCAAAUAAAGUCAAAUUAAAGAUUCAUGAUAUUCCUGUCCCUGUGGCUGUGGAUUUAAGCCUAAGCUUCUGAAUCAAUAUUUAAUACUGUUUUGUUGUUUGCUUGUAAUCUUUAAAUUUAGUAAGGUCUAUUAUUGAGUUUUAAAAUUAAAAUCAUGAAAAGCUGACAUAAUUAGUUAAUAGUAAUAGUAUUAUAAGGCAACUAAUUUAGCUAUUACUCAAUGUAUUCUAUUCUAUGCAGAUAUUACAGAUAUAUGAUAUUAUAUGACAUACAGUCUACAUGUUUCAGUGAUGAUGUUCUAUCAUCAUUUGACAUCAUGUCAUGAUUCAUGUCCUUUUUAAUUUUUGAUUUGCUUUUUUAAAACUUUAUUUCUUUUUACUCAUCAUCAUUAGAAUCAUAAAAAAAAGUCUAACAUAUUUAAAAGAAGGGCAACAUAUAAGUAUUCAUAUGUGUUCCUUUCAUAACCAAUGUAGGCCUACAGGCUACACUAUAGAUUUGGUUUUAGGUUACAGUUAGGCCUACAUCUGAAGCGAUCCAAAUAUCUACUGUCAAAGGAAGCUAAUAACACUACUUAACAGUUUCUACUGUCAACACUUAUUAUUGUUUUCAGGCCUACUUAUUAUAUCCCAAUUUCCCUUAACCUAUUUUACAAUAGCAGAGAGAAAGGGAGAAAUGCAGUAGGUAUAAUUGAUAUGAGUGGGCAAACCACCAUCAUAAAAAACCCUUCAACAGGCGAGGAGAAGAAAUUCAACUUUGAUUACAGCUACUGGUCACAUGAUGGAUUUAAGGAAGCUGGGGAUGGCUCAAUGCUGUCAGACACAUCGCAUCCAAAUGGAAAAAAAUUUGCUGAUCAGGUAGGCCAGGGGUAUAUUUAAUGUUAUUUCACUUGAUAUAAUGAUAAGUAAAAUCACCCCUCUCCCCUCCCCACAAAUUAGCGAUGAUUUUAAAUGAAAUAAAUUAAUUAUAUUUGUUCUUCUUGUUUUCAACUAAAAUUUAAUGCGAAAUUUCCCGAGCUUAAAAUAUUUUAAGAUGCAGUUUAGAAAUUAAUUCAAAUAAAUUUGCUUUAUAUCAAGAUCUGUAUUUUGACUUAAUGAUCUCAUAGUAGAUAAAUCUAAUGCAUACAACCAUGUUAAACUUAAAAUUGAAAAUUAUUUUUAAAGUCCUAUACCUACUUUACAAAAUGUUCUUGAAUACUUUAGCAAUUCACAAAAAUUUGAGACUGUCAAGAGCAAGCACAUUAUCUUCAAACACUUAGUUUUGACAAAGUCAAAGUAUUAACUGACAACUUUUAGAAUGUUCAUUGUAAAUUGAAGUAUAUCAUGCUAUAACUAAAUUUUUUACCGUGUGUGUAUUAUUUAAUUAUGAAAUUCAUUUAAAAGGCAUUUAAAAGUAAAUACAAAAUAUAUAUUAUCUUAAUCUAAAUAUUUGUUUGUGAAGUAAAUUUAAAAGUUUUUUGUUAAUACAACGUUAAAUAAGGAUGUAACUAAUUUAAAAACUCUUAAUUUAAAUUUUUAUGGCAAUGUUUAACUUUUUUACUUUUAAAUUAUAAAUACUUAUAUAAUUCCAUUUUUUUAAAUUAAAAUGUAAACACCCCUUUGUUGUCAUCAAGUAUUUACAUGUUUAAUUCUCUAGAACAAAGUUUACCAAGAUCUUGGGGAAGGAGUUUUGAAGAAUGCAUGGGAGGGUUUCAACUCAACUCUGUUUGCCUAUGGCCAGACAGGAUCUGGGAAAAGUUGGUCCAUUGUUGGUUAUGGAGUCAACAAAGGUUGGUAUAAUGUGCUCAUGCUUUUGGAUUAUAAACUUUUAAAAAAAUGUUUGGUCAUAAACUGUGUUUUUUUGUUGUUUUUUUUAAACUCUUAACAUUUUUAAAAUUAAAAUUUAACAGGUAAAAUUGAUUUUAAGAGUGCUUCAAUAAUUUUAAGAUAUUUAAAAUAGCAGAGCCUUUGCCCCCAAAAACAACAACAAACCCACACAAAGUAAAACUGCUCUUCCUAAAGAGGUCAAAUACUGGGUUACUUUUGAAAAUACUUUUUUUGUCUAUUGUAAUAAAAUGUUAGUUUUUCUGACAUUCAUGAUCAUACAUAUGCAUAGACGACACAAUGAAAUGUGUGUGUGGGGGAUUGAAUCUUUUAAUUUCUGGUACAACUAACAAUUUAUGAUAACUCUUGCUGCAGGGGUGGUCCCAUUGUUCUGUGAGAAUAUUUUUAAAGGAAUUGAAGAAAAACAAAAAGCUGGCGACAAAACAGAAUUUGAGGUAAGUUUGGCCGGAUGAUGUUUAAGUUAGAGGCAAAGCCUGCACUAUCCUAUUAUGCACAUUUGAAAUGUAAAAAAAAAAAAAAAGAAAAGGAAAAACAAAUUCUGUAUAUUUCUUGAUUGAAUAAGAUUAUUUUUCUUAACUUUAAAGUAUAAAUUUCAAGGGGAAUAUUUAGACUCAGUGCAAGAAGGAUUAAAUUACACUUUUGCAUUAUUAAAAUGUAUCAUCAGCCUUUUUAUCAACAUUACAUUCCCACAGAUGAUAAGUUUAAAUCCUACUCGUGUAACUGAGUGUCUCACAUUAUUGUUCUCUAGAAGUGUCUUUCAGUUGUUGUUUUUUUACAAUGACAGUCUCAUUCUGUACGUUGGCUGUUUCCCGGUGUUUUAUUCUCUUUAGGUCACCUACAGUAUGUUGGAGAUCUACAACGAGCAGGUCAGGGACCUCCUUGAUGCAAAUGGGGGAAACAAAAGGGGAGGUCUCAGGAUAAGGCAACAUCCCAAAAGUGGAUUUUAUGGUAAAUAUAUUCAAUGAUAUUAAACUGAACAUUCUGGCAAGGUUGAAGACAUUAGUACCUGCUUUAAGACAUUAGUACUUGCUUUAAGACAUUAGUGCUUGCUUUAAGACAUUAGUACUUGCUUUAAGACAUUAGUACUUGCUUUAACACAUUAGUACUUGCUUUAAGACAUUAGUACCUGCUUUAAGACAUUAGUACUUGCUUUAAGACAUAAGUACCUGCUUUAAGACAUUUGUAGGCUACUUGCUUUAAGACAUUAGUACUUGCUUUAAAACAUUAGUACUUGCUUUAAGACAUUUUGUACUUGCUUUAAGAAAUUAGUACUUGCUUUAAGACAUAAGUACUUGCUUUAAGACAUUAGUACUUGCUUUAAGACAUCAGUACUUGCUUUAAGACAUAAGUACUUGCUUUAAGACAUUAGUACUUGCUUUAAGACAUUAGUACUUGCUUUAAGACAUCAGUACUUGCUUUAAGACAUAAGUACUUGCUUUAAGACAUCAGUACUUGCUUUAAGACAUAAGUACUUGCUUUAAGACAUUAGUACUUGCUUUAAGACAUUAGUACUUGCUUUAAGACAUCAGUACUUGCUUUAAGACAUAAGUACUUGCUUUAAGACAUCAGUACUUGCUUUAAGACAUUAGUACUUGCUUUAAGACAUUAGUACUUGCUUUAAGACAUUAGUACUUGCUUUAAGACAUUAGUACUUGCUUUAAGACAUUAGUACUUGCUUUAAGACAUUUUUUACCUGGUUUAAUACAUUUGUACUUGCUUUAAGACAUUUGUACUCGCUUUAAGACAUUUGUACCUGCUUUAAGACAUUUGUACCUGCUUUAAGAAAUUUUUACCUGCUUUAAGACAUUUGUACUUGCUUUAAGACAUUUUUUUACCUGAUUUAAGACAUUUGUACUUGCUUUAAGACAUUUGAACUUGCUUUAAGACAUUUGAACUUGCUUUAAGACAUUUGUACCUGCUUUAAGACUUUUGUACCUGCUAUAAUACAUUUGAACUUGCUUUAAGACAGUUGUACUUGCUUUAAGACAUUUUUUACCUGUUUUAAGACAUCUGUACCUGCUUUAAGAUAUUUGUACCUGCUUUAAGGUGGUCCACGGGGGAAAAUAUCGAUAUUUAUAUAAUUUUUAUCAAAAAUGAGAUUAUGGUGAAUUUUACUAGAUAAACAUCUAAGGAACAUUUUGGUUUUUACCAUUUUCAUUAAAAAAUAAUUUAAAGUUGUUAAAAAUGUAUUUUAAAGUAGCAUGGUAGGAGCAAAUUUUGACUUCUGGGGCAAAAUUCAGGCCCCAUAGACCCCCUGGCGCACCCUUCGCUUUUACAAUAUAAUUACAACGCAAUAUAGUCAUAUUUGGUAUCGAUGGAAAGCUUAGCCUCUCUACUCGGUAAUGGUAUCGCCCACUAAAAUGUUCAGAAAUAAGGCUGGCGGGAGCUCUUUGUUCGGCAAAGCCUCUAUAUUUUCGCUCGAACAAAUGUUCUUAUUGGUCGAGAUUUAAAGUUUCAAUAAAUCGGAUAUUGUCAUUGGUCAGCUAUUUUUAGACUUCAUCAACAAGUCAGAAAUCUAUCCCACAAUGCAAUGGCCGUCUACCAAAUUCAUUGUGUCCAGUUGGCGUAACCUUUUAUCGAUCGAUCGACUUUACUUUUGCAGUCUUCAAAUAAAUUCAAAUUUGAACUUAUUUUUUUGCUUUGAAAAGGUAAGUUGAAUUAAUUAUUGUAUAAUUUAAUUUAUAUUAAAUAGUUUUAGCUAGUUUUAGGCGUUCGAGUGAAGGUUGAGCUAGGUUUCGUAUAAUAAUACAGUGUCAUUAUCACUAGGGCUAGUAACUAGUAACUAGGCCUACUUACUAGUGACUAGUACUAAUACUACUACGAAACAGUGAUAUACGCAGACAUAUAAAAAUGUAAUGAGCGUAGGCUUAUGAAUCAAAUUGAAAGCUACUUUAUGCCUAAAUAUACAAAAUUGUAAUACAAAAAAUAUUUCAAUAUAUUCAUUACCUUAGAUUUAAAAAAACAAAAAAAUACUGAUUCUAUUUACCUUUGCCAGGCUAACUAGGAGCUAAUUGCUCAGUCUAAUACUAAUAUAAUUUUAUGUUUCAAAAGCUAAUAUAAACAUUUUUUUUUCCAUAAUACAGAAAAUCCCUGUCCCCAAGAACAAGUGAUCCAAGUCCAAGUAACUAGAGAAAGCCAGACUAGCACCAACUUCACCGCAAGCCUCAGCACUAGCCUCACCGCAAACUUCGGCACCAGCCUCACCGUCAGCUUCGGCACCAGCCUCACUGCCAGCUUCGGCACCAGCCUCAUCGCCAGCUUUGGCACCAGCCUCAUCGCCAGCUUUGGCACCAGCCUCAUCGCCAGCUUCGGCACCAGCCUCAACGCCAGCUUCAAUAUCUGAAGAAUCUAUGGCAUCGUAUGCUUCGAAGAACAAACUUCAUGCUUUGGAAUAUCAAUCAUACCAUAGGCUUCUCUGCCUCAUCUAUCAUGCAGAUAGAUGCCCUCUAGCCCAUUUUUCAAACGUUUUCAUGCCCAGUAUGCAAGUAGGACACUUCAAGGUUCACAGUGGUGAAAAUAACUUUAUAGACUAGCGUUAUUUUUAAAAGUCGUAUGUAAUGUAUGUGACGUUGUCAUCCCAUCAUCUGACACGUUAGUUGUAUGCAAAGGCAACAUUUUUUAUGUCGGCAAAAGAGCUGCGACAGCAUCAUUAGUGACUGGAUUGUGGCAUGCUGGUAUGGGGAAGUUUUUCCAAAUAAUGGAUGUACCAAACAUUCACCAAAAAACAAUCGACCAGAGUGCUACACUACCACCCUGCAUCAAUCGCUACCAAUCUACAAGGAUAAGUUGCAGAGGUAGUAGACAUUGAUGAUGGUCCUAUGAUGGGAGUUGGCUCACUCAGGAGGGAUAGUGUUAUAUCUAAAUACCUCACACUCACAUGAUAGACAAUUUUUCCAGAAUUUUUUAUAUAAUCAUGUUAUUUACGACAAGGGGUUGCUUUUAAAAACAUGACUUUUAUUAUUUUCUAUCAUAUAUAUCUGUGUUUUUGUAUUGUUUUUUCAUUUAUGAAUAGUAUAUGUACAUGGUAUAUGCAUCCAAUGUUGUUAAAUAAGUAGACUUUAAUUUUUUUUUAAAUAUUUUGUUUUUCUCAACUUUGCGUUUUUUCAGAUUUUCAGGAAUGCCAAGCCAAAUGCAUCACGAGGAAAAGUAUUAUAGCUACAGACUUCAAACUUUCCAUGCUUUUUACCAUUGAUAUUAUCUACAUAAUAACACCUCCUUCUUUUAGAUAUGUCAAGCAGAGAUUUAAAAAUUAUUUUUAUUAUUAUUAUAAUUUUAUUUGGGAUGGGGGUUGUUAUUUUGAAAACGUGACUUUAUUAAUUUUAUGUGUUUUAUAUCUGUGUUUUUUAUUGUUUUUUAAUUUUAUGAAUGGUUCUUGUACAUGGUAUAUACAUCCUACAUUGUUCAAGUAGUCUUUAAUUAAAAAAAAAUUAUUUUUCGUUUUUCACAACUUUGCAUUUUUCAGAUUUUUCAUGGACGCGAAAUGUAUCAGGAAGAAAAGUAUUACAGAUACAGGCUUCACACUUUCCAUGCUUUUUACCAUUGAUAUUAUCUACAUAAUGACAUCUCCCUCCUCUGGAUCAGUCCAACAGAAAAAUUUUAAUUAUUUUUUAUUGUUAUACACUUUUUAUUUGGGACAGGGAGGUUGAUGUUUGAAAAUAUGACUUUGUUAAUUUUCUAUCUUUUAUAUCUGUAUUUUUAUAUUGGUUUUUCAUUUAUGAAUAGUAUAUGUACACGUUUUAUGCAUUAUAUCUUGUUCAUGUCGUCUUUAAUUUUUAAAAAAAAACAUUUUUGGACUUCUUUUUCGUUUUUCUCAACUUCAUGUUUUUCAGAUUUUUUAGGAAUGCCAAUUGCAUCAGGAGGAAAAGUAUAACAGCUACAGGCUUCAAACUUUCCAUGCUUCUUACCAUUGAUAUUAUCUACAAAGUGACAUCUCCUUUUUUCAGAUCUGUCCAACAGAACUUUUAAAAUUAUAUUUUUACAUAUGCUACCCCCGGUAUUUUGCCAGAAAAUUAUGUGACUCCACAAAUAUGUCAUUUGUAGAUGCUCCAAUAACUGUAAUGCAGAAAGCUUUUGUAAUUUUUUUAACAACUCUAUUCUUAAUGAGUGUGCCAAGUUUCAUUAUGAUGUUGAUAAAUCUUUUGGGUGUUGAUACAUUUUGCGUAACUGUCAAUAUUUGUAUAAAAUUAUAUAAUUUUUGCAAUAAAAGUCAAAAAAUUUUUUUUAAAAAUAAACUUCUAUGUUUUUUUGUCUUUCUAUUGGUGUAUAGUUAGUAUGUACUAAAAAAAAAAUUUUUAAUUUAAGAAACAUAGAAAAAUUUUUUUUGACCCAUGGACCACCUUAAGACAUUUGUACUUGCUUUAAGACAUUUGUACCUGCUUUAGGACAUUUGUACCUGCUUUAAGACAUUUUUACUUUCUUUAAGACAUUUGAACUUGCUUUAAGACAUUAGUACCUGCUUUAAGACAUUUGUACCUGCUUUAAGACAUUUAAACUUGCUUUAAGACAUUUUUACUUGCUUUAAGACAUUUUUACCUGCUUUAAGACAUUUGACAUUUUUACUAAAUUAAAUUUUUUAAUGAUUAAAAAAACAACAACUUUUAAUCCCUAUAAAAACAAACAAUGUCACAAGAUAUUUUAAUGGCACUGACCAAUGUUAAAACCUAUAUGAUGGGGUGUAAAUAUUUUGUAACACAUUUUUGUUUAAAAGUUGUCUUUGUUGUCGACUCUAUCAGUGGAAGGCCUGCUUAUUGUACCGGUGAGGAGCUACAAAGAUAUUGAACAGAAGAUGGAUGAGGGGACAAGGAAUAGAACCGUGGCAGCCACCAAUAUGAACGCAACAAGCAGGUUAGAGAUUAUAGCCUACCCGAUGGGAUGAUAAACCGAUGAUAUUUAAUUUGACGUGAUUAAAUUAGUAGAUACAGAUGUGGAGUCUUUUCAAACAUAACAAUAAGAGAGUCAGGUGCUGCUCUCAUGAUUAAAGUUAGUCUCUUUGUCGUCCAAUCUUAAAUUCCCUUAAAAUUCACCCUGAACCUCUAUUUUGCUUUUUUGCAUUGUUAAAUAUUAUAUGUAUCAGUCAUGGAAGUUUUUUGUGCUUGCAAAACUCUUGCAGAGUCUCAGAUAUUUCCUUUUGAUGCAGUCAUAGACCAUUUUAUAUGUCCACAUAGAAUUGAUGUACUAGGCUAUUAAUUAUACUCGUAACAUUUCUCUAAUAGGCAUGUGAUGUUGAAAAUCUGAUCACUCGUUGAUCUGUUUUGUCUGAAUCCAUAUUGUAGUCGCCUGUAUUUGUUAAGUGUACGGUUUUAUUUUUUUGGCAAUUAAUUUUUUCAGUAUUUGUAUGUAACAAUUAAAAGGGAAAUUCUUCUGUAACUUGUGCAUUUUUGAACCUUUCUUGUGUGUUGGAGUUAUUAGGAAUGUUUCCCAAUCUGUUGGAACUUUCAACUCUUGCCAAAUUUUUUUAUAACUUUGUGUCUGAGUGUAGUUAUCUUCCUCAAUAAGCUCUGCUGUGAUGAGGUGUUUUCAAGGAGCUUUGUAAUUUUUCAGAGUUGAUUACCUCUGUAGUGGUCCAAAAUCUUCAUCUUGCCCUUGGUCUACUUUUAGUAUUCCCUCAAAAUAUUCAACUCAUCAGUACAGUACUUUACUAUUUUCUGCAAUUGAUUCUCCAUCAUUGCUCUCACUCAUUUGAGUAUGAGGACUGGCUUGGUAGCUAUUCAUUUCGUCUUUUAUCUUUUAACUUUUCCCUCUCUUGAAAAUCUUUGAUUUCCUUAAGUUUAGCUUUUUACUUUCUUUUAUUUUUUUCCUUUCAGCACAUUGUCAUGGACUUCCUUCUGGUUUCAUUGUAUAUAUUUCUUGUAUUUUUGCUAUCCCUUUGUAUUAUGUUUUAAUUGUUUUAGCUACAAUAUCUAAGGAAAGAAUGAUUUCAGAAGAGUUAAAUAUGACAGAUAUUUUGCUCAGGGUUUGACUACUGCACAUUUUUCUUCAAAUAAACUGUUAAUUAAUAGAUGUACCUUUUAUACAUUUGCAAUUGCAUAAUUUUCUUUUGGUAACCUACUUAUUCACUUGCACUUGUUUUGAAGCAGUGGUCUAAGUCCCACUCCCUCGCGCCUGGGUACAGUUCUGUGAUAACAUGUAUGGAGACCGCGCAGGGGUUCAAAGUCAUGGGCUUUCAUUGACUUCUUAUUGAUCUGAUUACAAAACUCUUCAGAAUUCUUGCCCCUUAGCCGGUAUUUUCCCCAGCAUGUGGUCUCCUCUUAGAUAGUGUUUCCUGGGUGGGUGGUCUCCUCUUAGAUGGUGUUUUCCUCAGACGGGGGCCCCACUUAGAUGGUGCUUUCGUCAGAUGGUAGUUACCAUAGUUCGUGUUUUCCCUCAGAUGGUAGACCCCGCUUAGUGUUUUCUCCAGAUGAUGGCCCCCUUUUGGUGGUAUGAUAACCCCAUUGGAAAUGAUGUCACGGCUUAGCGACGCGUACAAAAGAACCGGAAGUAGACAUUUGCCUUCUUUGUAACUCGCCAAAUAGCCAUUUUUUCACAGGAUUUGUUUCGGUAGAGUUCAUUCAUUGUAGGCACAGGGGAAACGAACAUUUUUUACAUUAGGGGGUCUAAAGUAGUAUUUGAAGAUUGCUUAAACUAGCCGAAACUGAAACACGACGUCAACAGCGCUGGGAGUAGCCCAGUGUUCUGACGAGACUCCCCCUACACCAGCGGUUCUCAACCUGUGGGUCGCGACCCCUUCGGGGAGUCGAACGACCCUUACACACGUAUCGCACAAGAACAUCGGAAAACACAUAUUUAUGAAGUAUAAACAAAAAUAAUUUUAUGGUUGGCGGGGGCGGGGGGGGGGGGUCAACGCAACAUGAGGAACUGUAUUGAAGGGUCGCGGCAUCAGGAAUGUUGAGCACCACCGCCCUACACCUUAAUACCCGGUAUUGCAAUGACGUCAUUCAUCAUUAUCACCCUUAGUUCUCCCUCCACCAACAACGAUUUUCUAAACUACUAUUAUGAAAUAAAAGGUUUGAGUAGGAAAGAAAUAAAAAUGUAAGUCUGGUUUGUUUACACAAUUUUUUUUUUAAAGUCCUUUCGUAAUUCAGUGGGUUGGGUUGCCCUCUAGGGGUACAGACUAGCACACUAUGUUCCUCUUUCUGUCCUCUCUCUCGGGGGAAGGGGUACAGACUAGCACACUACGUUCCUCUUUCUGUCUUCUCUCCGGGGGGGGGGGGGUUUACAGGGGGGGGGGGGAGUACAGACUAGCACACUACGUCCCCCCCCCCCUCUGUCCUCUCAGAUACUAUAUUACAGCUAAGUGUUUAUGUUAAUUUUAUAUUAUUCUUACUGUAGUUUGUUCCCCGAAGAAGGCAUCUUGCCGACACGUUCGUUAUUUUGUUGAAUCAUUUUUUAAAAUAGUUCUCCCCAUACUUUAUUUCGCUCAUUUCCUUUUUAUUUUACCUAACCUGGUUGCAGUAUUCCCCCCUUAUUACCCUGGCACAGCGAUGUUUCUAGAGUAAACCAUCAACCAUGAAGUCUGAGCUGUGCUGCUAAUGUGAUAGCUCAGUUACUGGUGUGUUCAAUUAUUAACUACAAUUAUCCAUGCGAACACUCAUCUGCCCGUGACCUCACUGAUAUGUAUUUUCAAUCAGUGGCGUGGCUAGUGGACGUGCCGCCCGGGGCUGGACAAUAUUUUUGACACCCCCCCCCCAUCUUUAACUGUCACGAACAAAAAACUGUCUACAGUUGAUAGAAAAUGCCGCCCCCUCAUUUUAAAGAAAACAAGCGCCUCUCUAAGUGGACCGCAGCACCCACACCCCUAUCCGCCCACCUACUUUAUACGCCCUUAUAUGGUGGUGCACACGUACCAUUGAAUUUUUCGGGUUCUUAUUGAUUGCCUCACUAAUCUUUUGUAAAAUCAUUGGACCAAGUAAGUGUGACGUUGAGAGGCGGUUCGUGGUUGCCUGCCCGGUGGUUCCUGUCGCCAUGUGGGAUUUCGAAACAUACGAUCAUGCGAAAAGCUUACUAAAUGGAAACAUUUGUAAAAAAAUACACUUGCAGUGGCAUCCGUUGCACUGUCUCAUCACUUUACGUGUUUCGGCAACUUCUCUAACGCAUUCUGGUGACGCCCCUGCUAAAUUUAACGAGUUAUUGACGAGUGUACAACUUACAACGAAUACGUCACAUAUGUUUCGUCUCUUUGAAACUGUGUAACUUCAGUCAGCGUGUCCCUGGUUGGCUCGGUUGUCGGUUGGUUUGGUUGUUGGUUGGCUCGGUUGUUGGUUGGCUCGGUUGUUGGUUGGCUCGGUUGUUGGUUGGCUCGGUUGUUGGUUGGCUUGGUUGUUAAUAAUAAUGAUAAUAAAGUUCAUUUCAAAAACACGCUUCAUCCCCAAAGGCUCGAAGCGCGGUACAAAGUCAACUGUUAGUUGGUAUGUUACAUAUAUCGUUUGAUCGUCAUUCUGUCAAACCUCCCGACAAGGAGUCUGAGUUUCACCACAACUGCAGGUCUGAAAGGUUGACGGUCGUUGGUCUGUCCCAUUCCAGUUUUGUAGGGUGAGGUGUUUGUUUUCAUUAAUCAUAUCAUGAAAUACAUGAAAUAAUUUUCACUUUAGACAUUUCUACGUAGACAAACAAUAUCAAUAUUUCAGUAAUAUUUAGUAAUCUUUAAAAAAUGUAAUAAGACAUUGACAUCAAACCAUUUUGUCUGAAUAGCGAGUUUUAGACAAAUGGCAAAAAAUAAACAACAACUCCGGAUAAAUGCAAUGACGUUUUCUGUGACAUGUAAAUAUGUUAUUAUGUCAGUGACAAAAAUAAAUGCAACUGACACACAGCUACUCUUGACUUUGAAAGUCUUCUCACGGCGUCAUAAAGGGAGUUCUGGUGUGUGCUUGUACCGGAACCAGCGAUACCACGUAUCAAUAGGGAGAGUUGCGUCAACGAAAGUCGCGCCAAUUUUUUGCUCGGCUUAGAAUGUUUGUAGUCCCAAUUUUUCAAGAACAAUGCCGGACCCAGUGUACUGACCUCAAUACUAGCUCGAUAUGUGGGAAUAAUCAAUCGACGGAUCAAUGAUUAAACCGUGCUGCUAUGGUUCACUUGUAAAUAUUGUAUACAACAACACCACCGUGACGGACAACGGGGCUUCUCAAACUGCUCGUUUUCCCACGUGACAUUGAUUCAGAUGGUUUAUAUCAGCUAAAGAAACAAUGUAGGGAUUGAAAUGAUUGCUGUUCCACUUCUGAUUGUUGUUGUUGAACUGCAAUUUAGUUCAACUAGGACUCCGUCAGAGUAAACAAUUCAUGUAGAAUAAAUUUACAGCCCCCCCCCCCCAAUCUAACCCCUCUCCCCACCCAAGAUGUCGCAUGGGCCCAGUAUUCAUUGAUGCUGCAAAAGGGGGUGGGGGGCGUCGAUUUAUAAGGGGCCCAAGUUGUGGUGUGGGAAAAAUUCAACUAUCAACUUUUAAUGCAGGGUGGACAGAAUCGAAAAGUGUCAUUCACGACAUAUUCCGACCGCAUUAAAGACACAACAACCACCUAAGAUCGACCCAUUCACAUCCCAUUGACGACCCCCUGCAAGGCGAGUACACAUUUGUUCCUCCACUCAACCAACGUCAAAUAGGAUGCACUUUAAAUACUGUAUACAGCCAACCGCGCGCACAGUCGGGUGUGACGUCAGUGUGGGCACAGGGCGUCGUAAAACAAACGUUCAUCCCCAUGGAGUCUGUUGCCCCCCAAACAGGCAACAAUCAAACGACACCUCAAACCGCUCAUCAGCAUAAUCGAUGAUUUGAAAGUGGUCGGACAAAAAAGAAGAAAUGUAGCUCCGGUGUUGGAUAAUAUUUGACACGGCAUGACAUAUGACAUGAGCGGUAUUUGUUAACAAUUAUUUACUGUGAAGUGCUAUGAACCCCACCAGCUUAUCUCCAUUUUAGAUGUGUUUUGAAUGGGGGGGGGGAGAAGGGUGGGGGUAUGGACGGGUGAUUUUUCCCUCAGUUCUAUACAUUUAAAACUGAAUUGUUGAUACUGCCAUAUUGAGUAGACAUAGUCGUAAUAGCCGUGUCAGACAGGCGCGGUGCACUAGCUAUGGUGUCAGUGUGUUGAACUAGCUGGUGGCAGUCGGAGAUAACCCUAAGCCCUUUAUUCAGAUGUAAACAUAACUACUGCCAUUGUAUGAUGUGUAAGCAAGCAUCUACUCACAUAACCCGUCAUCUACUCACCUGUCCUUUUUAUCAGAUGUAGGCGCAAGAAACCACCGUGGACAAAGCGAGGGGUAAUGGGAGCGCCUAAAUUCUAUGAAAAGAACAGGGAAGGUAAUGGGAAUGCCUAAGUUCUACGAAACUAGCAGGGAGGGUAAUGGGAAUGCCUUAAUUAUAUAAAAAGAACAGGGAGAUUAAUGGGAGGGCCUAAGUUCUAUGAAAAGAAUAACAGUGAGGGUAAUGGGAAUGCCUAUGUUCUAUCAAAACUGGCAUUAAAUGCAUUGGCAAAUAUUUUAUCAUUUAAAAAGUCGUCUUAAAUAUGACACGUGAUGCAUGAUGAUGAUGACUAAAUACUUAUAGCGCUUGUUUCCAUGCUAUUUUUAGCAUGCUCACAGCGCUCUGAUGUCCUAAAAUCUAUUUAAAGAAACAGUCCUUAAGCGUUUCUUAAAUGAUUUUUUAUCAAUUUACUUUCCCUCAAAGAUUGGGGCAAACUGUUCCAUAAUUUAGGCGCAAUAGCUUCAAAAAAGCGCACUCCGUGUGACUUCUUUCUGAUUCCAUCCACACUGGACCGUAUAGAUCUAAUCAAAGUUUUAACUGCCGCGAGAGCACAGCUUGAAACAGAAAAUAUUGUGGGGAUAUUCAGUCAUGCAUCAAUAUCGUAGAGACAAACAUUGACAUCGAAACUUAAACAAACUGUAAGGUUGUGGCUACAUUGAUGAAAUCCUCUGGCGUCAACAAAUGACGAGUUUUUUAAAACUUAAACACCAUCAAACAUUCUCUUGGCAGAUUUCCCCAUACCGACGCGGGGGUAAUAUUAUUAUAAUUAUUGCUUUCAUGGAGUAAAUGUGAAGAGAUAUUCCCGCGUUUUUUCAUCGUCGCCGCCAUCUUUGUUAUCGCGACCCACGAACUAAUGUCAAAAGGUAUCCCUAAACCUAGCCUGAACUCUAAUUCGCGGCAACUUAAAUAAACAAUGCAACGUGACGUCAUGGAACCAUCUCUUCACAUUAGCCCUUCAUGGUUUUAAUCGGGAUUUGUGAACCAAAGUUUUUAGUGGGAUUGCACAGUAUGUUUACAACCACGAGUUGUAGCUAUUGUACACCAAUCACGGGGUAGCUCUCUCAGCCUAAGAUCGUUGGGUGCAAGUGUAAGCAGACGCACACAUACAGACAGACGCACUCACACAAACCCUGUUCCCGACUUGCAUCCUGGCUCUGAACUUCAAAACGUCUCCCCUUUUAUAAGACUUUAUCACACGCAUGCGCUGUGCUUUUGUUUAGUUUUUGAGUUAAAUCCCCUUAUCGUCACUGCCCCCUCUCUUACAAAUUAAUGUUGAGUGGGUCGACUAGAAUUAUCGAGAAUUGAUAUCGGUUAUUGAACUAUUGCCGUGGCCCGACAGAUCGAUACCACAACUCAGUCAUGGAGUACCAAAUAAGUGACCCAAUCGACCUGUAAUGUGUUAACGUAUUGAUUGGGUUCUAAAAGUCUGACACGUUGCGCAUUCCGGGGAACAAUACAAUGCAGUGCAAAUAUUUUGUUGAUGGGAACCAGCACAGGGGAAAUUGUGUAAGGGAAACGAACCAGACGAACGGAUUGCAUUCGGAAAUUAUUUUUUUAAAAAUCCUAAAUUUUUGUAAUCUCCGUUUACCAUUCGAUCCGUCGUUAAUUCUUGCCAAAAACGCUCCAUUUGUUCAGAUGUUCCAUCGUCUUUGAUGAAUAUUGAUUGCGCCCUUAUGAUUUUGAUCAGUUUAUUUUUAUAAACCGAGAAAUGGGUUUCCGCCUCCCAACCACCAAGUGUUAUAAAAAUGCAUUAAAUGCAAAUUUUGUUUUAUGAAAUAGCUGUAGACUUAAUACUCUUGAAAAAAUAAAUUUACCAUGGCCUAUCCGCUAUCUCCUAAUCUUUUAUCAGUUAAAAUUUUCAUAAAAAUAUUAUCAUCUGUUGCAAAAAGUCCAUUUUAAACGAGGUCAAGUAAUUUUAAAAUGCCAAAAUCUCCGAACAAAAAAUCUAUUUGUACACGUUUGUUUCGCAUCCUACAGCCGCGCUCACACAAUUGUUGGGAUCAACUUCAUCCAGAAGUUCCGGAAUGCGGCAGGGGAGGACACUACCAAAUCCGCUGUCAUCAAUCUGGUGGAUUUGGCUGGGAGGUAAAUCUUAACCCACAACUGAUUUCAAACAGCAUUCAAAAAUACUUCUUAGUUAUAUCGUCUGAAUGUGUGAUCUAUAUGUGAAAUCUAUAUGUGUGACCCAUCUAGGGCUGUACUCCCCUCAAGCUCAAAAUGUGAACAUGUUUUAUUAAUCUUUGGACCAGACAUGGCCUGUCAUCCUGUCAUAUGAUCAUACACAAUGCCCAUGCAUUCAUGAGCGCCCGCAGAAAACUUUCGGGGGGGGGGGGGGGNAUGUUUUAAUGUAGUUUUAAUUUACUGAAAAUAUUUGUAUGGUGAACCAACCGACAGGACAUCAGCUUAGUUACUUUCUCUUUAUUUUCUCUUUACUUUAAUAUAUUUUUUGUCUAAACAUUUUUUAUCCAAUCAAUUGGGGGGGGGGGAAGUGCCCCACCUUGCCCCUACCUGCGGGCGCCCAUGCAUGCAUUUAGUUUAGUCCAUCCGCAUCUUUGUGAAUAAACAUGCCCUGAAAAAAAGUCAAAGGCAAAAGGAACUAACACUUAAAGUUAAAGAAUAUGAUAGAUGUGAGUGAACAGCUGGAACAAAAUUUAAACUGAUUCUUGGAACUCCAGAAGUGCAUCCUGUUUAUCCUGGAUUCAACAUCACUUUAAUGAUCCAGAUAGACAAUCCAUGGAUUCCAUAUUUUUCUAGUGAAAUAUUCAAAUUGUUUUGAUCUAAAUGACUAGUAGGCCUACAUUAACCCUUCCAAAAUGAUGGCAUAUUUCAUAUAUUUGAUAUAUUUUAUACUUUAGAUUUUGGGUAAAGAAAACAUAUUGUACUUUAUUAAAACAAAUAAACCUUCUUUCUUGACAUAGUAAAUUUAAAAAAAAAAAAAUUGUAAAAGGGACAUUAGCAUAUUCUGAAAAUGUAAAGGUGUUUCAAAGAUUUGUGUUCUUUUGUUUAUUUGUUGUGUUCAAGAACUUUUUUUUUUAUAAAAGGGACCUAACUGCAUAUUUUUAAAACCUAAAGUUUGCACAAAGUUGUUUUCUUAGCAUUUCCGCCAUACAUUCAUACCUAGAGAAUAAUUAGUGGUGAUAAUCCAUUGGCAGUAGAGAGCUGAUAAAAGCAUACAUCUUUUUAACCUUUUAACUUAGUAAUCAUGAAAAUCUUUGAUGAUAGUCUCAAAUCUUUGACAAUAAUCUCAAAUCUUUAACUUGAGAAGCCUGUAAAUUUAAUGUUAUUACUCUGUACAGUGAGAGGGCUGAGAGCACUGGAGCUACAGGGGACAGACUGAAAGAAGGAGCUGCUAUCAACCAGUCCCUGUCAUGUCUGGGCAACUGCAUUGCUGCACUGGCGGAGAAAUCAUCAGGCAGAGAUGUCAAGGGUAAGCGUAGCGAUCACUUAAAUUGGUCUCUUUACAAAUAAAAAUACAUUUGAUGAUGCAAAAUAUUUUAAAAUUCUCUUAAAAUUAAUGUUUGCAACAUUUCUAGUUGUGUAUUGCUUUGGUCCCAAAAUUUUUGUGAAGAUGACAAACAAACCCAUUUUAGUUAUAAUAAUGUAUAUCAAUUUUUACGAAGAAAGAACAUUCUUCUUUUCAAACCAUUCAGCACAUUCUGAUAUGUGAUUAUAUUUGUUGUCCAAUUUCCUUCUACAGUUUACCUGUUUUUGUUUUAUUUUCAGUUCCAUUCCGAGACUCUGUUUUGACCAAGCUGCUGAAAAAUGCCCUGGGAGGGAACAGUAAGACUAUUAUGGUAAAUUCCAAAAAAGGAAAUGAGAAAUUUCAAGAUGGUUUCAGCCAUUGCUUUAAUGAAGUGGUGUGGCUGGUGGCUAACAUUACUGAUACAAUUUUUAAAAAAUGCAGAGCGAUUAACAUUAUGAUUUACUGGGGGGAGCAACAUUUAAAAAAAAAAAACUUAAAUAAAUGGAAACUUACCCAACAGUUGAUGUUGAUUAUUGUUAAAGUUGUCUGCUUGAUACCUUCGCUCAUCAUGGUAAUGAGACUUUGACAUCUCUAAUGAUGUAAUGUCAACUGUUAUCAUUCUAAUCCUCAGAUUGCUGCCAUCAGCCCGGCUGACAUCAACUACGAUGAAUCAUUGUCAACCCUCAGAUAUGGUAAUAUACAUGCUAGCAUUAUGCUACAUGCACAUACAAUUUAAUGAUGGCAAUUCUUCCAUGAAAAUUCACACAAAAGUGUUUAAAUUUUAUCAUUAUUCCCAUAAUAUUUUAAUAUUACCCAAGUACUUGAACAGAAUAUCCAGAAGUAAAACUUUUUAGAUAUUAGUAUUGUACUAUUACCCAGGCCCUGUGACUCAUUAUUUUACAAUAUCAUUAAUGUUUGUUAGGUUUGUAACAAAAAUUGCUUGGCAAAUUGGAAAUACUUCUUCGGUUUGAGGCAUUAAAAAAAAAGUUCUAUACAGAACUCAGGCAUAGCUUUUUAAACUUCUGCAAUUGGUGAUUGUGAUAGAUUCCAGAUUUUCAGAUCAUUCACUACAUUCUGGCGUACAUCCUGUGUUCAUGCCUCAUUUAAACUUGGGAAAUAAUUCUCUCUUUGCUUGUGUUGUAGUUACUAUUUAAGGCAGUAGUUCUUGAUAGUAAAUGUUGCAGUAGCCAUUAACAUGUAAACCCCUCAACCAACAGCUGACCGGGCUAAGCAGAUCAAGACCACAGCCACCGUCAACGAGGACCCCACAGAGAAGCUGAUUCGUGAACUACAGGAGGAGAACGAGAAGCUGAAGGCCAUGCUGGGAGGGAACAUGAAGAUGGAGGUGAUGAAGGAUGAUGAUGAGGACUUGUCAGACGAAGGUAAUGUUUAGUUAAUUUAUACUUUCAUAGCAGUCAGAUUGUACAAGAUGUAAAGGAUGCUGAGGAUCACAGUCUAUAGAGGAGUCAUAACACUGAACUGAGGAUCACAGUCUGUAGAGGAGUCAUAACACUGAACUGAGGAUCACAGUCUGUAGAGCAGUCAUAACACUGAACUGAGGAUCACAGUCUGUAGAGGAGUCAUAACACUGAACUGAGGAUCACAGUCUGUAGAGGAGUCAUAACACUGAACUGAGGAUCACAGUCUGUAGAGGAGUCAUAACACUGAACUGAGGAUCACAGUCUGUAGAGGAGUCAUAACACUGAACUGAGGAUCACAGUCUGUAGAGGAGUCAUAACACUGGACUGAGGAUCACAGUCUGUAGAGGAGUCAUAACACUGAACUGAGGAUCACAGCCUGUAGAGGAGUCAUAACACUGAACUGAGGAUCACUUCUGUAGAGGAGUCAUAACACUGGACUGAGGAUCACAGUCUGUAGAGGAGUCAUAACACUGGACUGAGGAUCACAGUCUGUAGAGGAGUCAAAACACUGGACUGAGGAUCACUUCUGUAGAGGAGUCAUAAAACUGGACUGAGGAUCACAGUCUUUAGAGGAGUCAUAACACUGGACUGAGGAUCACAGUCUGUAGAGGAGUCAUAACACUGGACUGAGGAUCACAGUCUGUAGAGGAGUCAUAACACUGGACUGAGGAUCACAGUCUGUAGAGGAGUCAUAACACUGAACUGAGGAUCACAGUCUGUAGAGGAGUCAUAACACUGAACUGAGGAUCACAGUCUGUAGAGGAGUCAUAACACUGAACUGAGGAUCACAGUCUGUAGAGGAGUCAUAACACUGAACUGAGGAUCACAGUCUGUAGAGGAGUCAUAACACUGAACUGAGGAUCACAGUCUGUAGAGGAGUCAUAACACUGAACUGAGGAUCACAGUCUGUAGAGGAGUCAUAACACUGAACUGAGGAUCACAGUCUGUAGAGGAGUCAUAACACUGAACUGAGGAUCACAGUCUGUAGAGGAGUCAUAACACUGAACUGAGGAUCACAGUCUGUAGAGGAGUCAUAACACUGAACUGAGGAUCACAGUCUGUAGAGGAGUCAUAACACUGAACUGAGGAUCACAGUCUGUAGAGGAGUCAUAACACUGAACUGAGGAUCACAGUCUGUAGAGGAGUCAUAACACUGAACUGAGGAUCACAGUCUGUAGAGGAGUCAUAACACUGAACUGAGGAUCACAGUCUGUAGAGGAGUCAUAACACUGAACUGAGGAUCACAGUCUGUAGAGGAGUCAUAACACUGAACUGAGGAUCACAGUCUGUAGAGGAGUCAUAACACUGAACUGAGGAUCACAGUCUGUAGAGGAGUCAUAACACUGAACUGAGGAUCACAGUCUGUAGAGGAGUCAUAACACUGAACUGAGGAUCACAGUCUGUAGAGGAGUCAUAACACUGAACUGAGGAUCACAGUCUGUAGAGCAGUCAUAACACUGAACUGAGGAUCACAGUCUGUAGAGCAGUCAUAACACUGAACUGAGGAUCACAGUCUGUAGAGCAGUCAUAACACUGAACUAAGGAUCACAGUCUGUAGAGCAGUGAUAACACUGAACUGAGGAUCACUUCUGUAGAGGAGUCAUAACACUGAACUGAGGAUCACAGUCUGUAGAGCAGUCAUAACACUGAACUGAGGAUCACAGUCUGUAGAGGAGUCAUAACACUGAACUGAAGAUCACAGUCUGUAGAGCAGUCAUAACACUGAACUGAGGAUCAAAGUCUGUAGAGCAGUCAUAACACUGAACUGAGGAUCACAGUCUGUAGAGCAGUGAUAACACUGAACUGAGGAUCACAGUCAGUAGAGGAGUCAUAACACUGAACUGAGGAUCACAGUCUGUAGAGGAGUCAUAACACUGAACUGAGGAUCACAGUCUGUAGAGGAGUCAUAACACUGAACUGAGGAUCACAGUCUAUAGAGCAGUCAUAACACUGAACUGAGGAUCACAGUCUGUAGAGGAGUCAUAACACUGAACUGAGGAUCACAGUCUGUAGAGCAGUCAUAACACUGAACUGAGGAUCACAGUCUGUAGAGCAGUCAUAACACUGAACUGAGGAUCACAGUCUGUAGAGGAGUCAUAACACUGGACUGAGGAUCACUUCUGUAGAGGAGUCAUAACACUGGACUGAGGAUCACUUCUGUAGAGGAGUCAUAACACUGGACUGAGGAUCACUUCUGUAGAGGAGUCAUAACACUGGACUGAGGAUCACAGUCUGUAGAGGAGUCAUAACACCAAAUAAAAGUUGUUAAAGAAAUGGACUUGAAAGUGUCAUUGAUUUAUUUUCAUGGACAAAGGGAAACAGCCUACUUCAUGGGAUGCAAUGGGUUUCUUAAUUUACGAGUGUUAGCUCCAAGGGGGGGGGGCAUUCAAAUUUUGGCAAGACAGAGUAGCUUACUCUUGGGAAACAGUCUUAUCUGAUUCCUGCUGGCUCCUAGGCUCACUGUUAUGUCUCUGAAGUCUCAUAGCUCACUAGAUGCAGAUUAAUUUGCUUUUGAAUGAAUGUAGCUGUUAUUUCUAGUUUAGAAAAAAUUUAAUAAGAAGUUCCCAAAGUGAGGAUAUAAAAUAAGGAGAAAACAAGUUUGCUAUGAGUUAAUGAAAAAGUGUGGUAUAUUUACCCGAGGCGAACUACUUUAUUUGACAAAAAUAUAAUUGCUUUUUAUUAAUUUAGGCGACAUUACACUUUUCCUCUUCCAAAUUUCUUAAAGGUCUUGUCAUUUUAAGAAUUUUACCGCCAACAUUUUUACUAAACCUUUUCCAUUUUUUCUUUCUGUCUGCAAAAAAUCAGUGCUAUUUAUAAAUGAAUUACUGAGUCUCAAAGUGGUGUAACACUGUGUUUAAUGCCAAUAAAUAGCAGACUAUACAAUGUUAUAAUAAAACAAACCACCUCUGUUCUUUAUCCUUACCCAGAAAUUGCUAAGAUGAAAGCAGAGAUGGAAGAGGAAUAUCAGUCAAGGCUUGCGUGCAAUGAGAAGGAGAUGGAAGAAAUGAAGAAAACAUUUGAGGAGAAGUUGAAGGAGGCGCAACUUUCAGCGGUGAGAGCUUAAAAGUGGUUUAAUUAGUUUGUAAGAGGGUGGGGGGGUUUCCAUCAUUCGGUAUUUAGCAGUGAGGGUUGGAUAGGGUUAUAAUGAGUUUGGAGGAGAGCCAGGGCCGAGGAUUCGAUGAUGUAAGUUUGAGUUAGUAGGUUACCGAAAUUAAAGAAUGAGAGAUUUUGAUGAUGACAAUGGUUGUAAUUGGCCCAGCAUCCAGCCGUGAUUGCUUUAUGGAUUUAUAAUAACCCCCCUAGCCUUAAAAUGGUUAAUAAUAUGUCUGAAAGAGGACCAGCAUUUAAGGAUUAUUGUGAUUAUUGAUUGUUGGUCUUUUUUACUGUUUAGCCAGGAUAAUGAAGUGAUCAAUCAUGAAACGAAUAAAACAAAAAUUAAUGUUUUAGUCACAGAUAAAUUUGAGCCUUGCAUUUUAUGGUAAAUAAAUGUAUUUUUGAUUUACCUUGCAGGUAGCCAACACUCAAGCUGAAAUCGCCCAACGUAAGAAGACGACAGCUCACAUGUACAACCUGAAUCUGGAUCCCUUCCUUACAGGGCACAUCUUUAACUUCUUUGAUACACCAGCUGAGAAAAUUGGCAAUGGCAAGGAUGAAGGCCCAACAGAGCUUGUCUUGACAGGGCCAGGGUAAAAUAUAGGACUUACUUCUCGUCAUGUUUGAUAUAGGGUCUCAUCAAUUCCAUAGGCUCAUCCAUCUUUUCAGUAGUUUCAUUUAUUAUUUCCCUGGUGCUAUCCACAAUUACAAUGGUCCCAUCCAUUAUUUCAAUGGUCAUAUCCAUUAUUGUAAUGAUACAGAUGUCCAUCCAAAUGCUUCACUUAUAUUUGUUAAUGAAACAUCCUUCACCAUAAAACUAGGUUUACAUGUUUGACUAAAACCAUGAUUGAAAUUUAUCAUAGAAAACAAUGUCAAUUAACAUAAUAUAUUUUUUUACACAUUGUUUAUAAAGAGAUUUCUACAUUACUUUGACAUGUAACAUAGCUUUACUUCAUCAAAUUCAUUAAAGUAAAAAUCAAAACUUUACAAAAUUAUUAUUUUUCUCAUUAAAGUAAAAAUCAAAACUUUAACAAAAUUAUUAUUUUUCUACUUAUUAUCAUGUGUUUAGGAUAGCUGCCAAACAUGCCAUAGUGAGAAUGGAGGGAGACAAAUUUACUCUGGAAGCAGGAGAACCAAAUGUCAGACUGAUGCACAAUGGCAAGGCUGUAGUGGAGAAGGUCGAACUUCAUCACAAUGACAGGUAGACAUUUUGCAGUAUGACAGUUUGUCACAAUGGCAGGUAGACAGUUUGCAGUGUGACAGUUUAUUACAGUGACUGGGAGCCAGUUUGCAUGUAGCGUUGCAAAACAAAAAAUUUCUUUUCAGUCACUGUUUUUAUGUAUACAAAUUUCAUAUCACAGAAUGUAUUGUUUUGAAUGUACACAUAUGUCAUGUGUUGUUUUGAAUGUACACAAAUGUCAUAUCACAGAAUGUGGUGUUUUAAUGUAUAUAAAUUUCAUAUCACAGAAUGUAUUGUUUUGAAUGUAUACAAAUGUCAUAUCACAUAAUGUUUUGAAUAUAUACAAAUGUCCUAUCACAGAAUGUGUUGUUUUAAAUGUAUACAAAUGUCAUAUCACAGAAUGUGCCAUUUUGAAUGUAUACAAAUGUCCUUUCACAUAAUGUGUUUUGAAUGUAGGCCCUGAUACAAAUGUCAUAUCACAGAAUGUGCUGUUUUGAAUGUACACAAAAUGUCGAAUCACAGAAUGUGCUGUUUUAAUGUAUAUAAAUGGCUAAACAUCCUAACAUAUUACCAACAGAAUACUAUUUGGCACCACCCAGUACUUUGUGUUCGUCCAUCCUAAAGAAAGAGAUGCGUCUAAGAAAGUCUACCCUGAAAUCACAUUUGAGAUGGCCCAGGAAGAAAUUGCCAAAAAUUCAGGAUUUGAUAUGAGCUCCAACAAAUCUUCAGGUUAGAAAACAUCGAGCCCAUCAAGGAUUCUUCUACAUUAAGUUUCUCAAUGUCUGGUUGACAGUUAAAUGUUUAUAAAUAUAAAAAAUGUGACUGCCAAUGAAAAGAAGAAUGUUCUCAGACAUGAUAAUUGUCUCAUUGACUUGUUACAUCACAAAAAGUUUUGUGGAGAAUUAUUUGAUGGGAAAUUCUCAUUGGAGCAAUGUUAAACAAAAAAAACCUCUGUGUUAUCAUCAGUGGAUGAUUGGUUUGUUUUAUCAAACCCUUUUACACAUUGAUAGUGAAGAUCACAUCAACUGAACACAAGUCCCUUUUCCCAUAGCAAUGUAAACUUUAAUCCAUAAACAUAUCUAUCAGGCUGUACAAAGAAUCAAGCCCAUGUAUCUGGGAGCUCACUAUAAGUAGAUUAAUAUCGCACAACCUUCAUCCACAAUGUUUUCUCACCUACUACCGAAAAAUAGAAGUACCACAAUGAUAGAAUACAGACACUAUGUCACAGCUACAAUACAAAUAGUCAACAACUAGGUAAUUUGGGGGUGUAAAUUCAUUAAAUAAACUAGCACACAAGACACGCCUUGCACAAUAGAACACAAUUUUUGGUGUGCAACCAUUACUAGUGAAUACCCGGUGCGCAACAACCUCUGCACCACACAAUAAAAAAUACCAAACAACAACCUGAUCAUAAACAUUUAUAUAAAACUUCAAAUUUUAGUUUGUAUGACAACGAACUAUGACACUAGAGACUUGUGCUUAAAUGCCCAGUGUGCCUUUUGCAGAUGAUGCCUUGCUACAGGAAGAUGUUCUAGACUUGAUGCCUGCCAUAGACAAUGCCAACUCAAUCAGCGAGGACCUGGACAAGAAGAUGAAGUUUGAAUUGAUGGUGGUCUCCCCUGAAGCCAGAGGUGAACUGACAGGAAGAACACAGGUAGAUAGAGUAGUUACCCUUUGAAUGCACUGAGGUGUAGGUCAUUUCUUUUUUUCAUCAAGGCAUGGCAGCUUCAUGAGGCAUUUCAUGUAGGAAUCCAAAAUAAACAUUGACCUAAUUAAGCUGCUUAUUUAACAAUGAAAGUGCACAUGUUACAGUGCUAUCCCCCCUCUCCCCCUCACAAUCUGCAGGUAUUAGUUCCAUCAACGUGUAUUACAUUAAUUGUAUUGACCUAUUAGGAACAGGUAUUUAAUUAAUUGUAUUGACCUAUUAGGAACAUGUAUUUAAUUAAUUGUAUUCACCUGUUAGGUGAUGAUUCGAGUCAUCAACCUAGAGACCAAACACGAGUGGGUGUGGUCUAGAGAAAAGUUCCUCAACAGGAAGUUUGUCAUGCAGGAGAUGUACCAGAAUUACCUGGACGGGGACGAAUGGGAUUUGCCAAAGGUGAGGCUAUGUGGUUAGGAUAUUGAUUUAAUUUAUGUAAUUGUCUUAUUAACUGUGAGAGGAUGGCUGAUUGUAGAGGGGCAAAAAAGUUAUCUCCCUAGGGGUCGGGCGGCUCACCGGUCUACCAAAACUGAGAUGGAUUGACGAUGUAGAGAAGGACUUACAUCAGAGUAGGUAAGCGGAAAGCAAUGGAUAACUCCGGAUGGAUGUGGUAGAGCAGGCCAGGGCUUUACAUGUGCUGUAUCUCCACUGAUAAUGAUGAAUUGUCUUAAUCAGAUGUAGCUGUCAAUUACACAAAAACACUAUGUUUGUGUUCUACAGUGGAGAAGUAGAUAAACAAAUGUUUUAACAUCAGUUGUCUUUCUUUGCCCUGUAGGAAAAAGAUCCAUUUGAUGAAGACUACAAUGCAGAUUUCCAUAUUGGAAGUGUUAAGGUCUGGACACAAUCCAUUUCUUUCAUGGUAAGUUGUGGUUAAGGCUUAUAUUUCUAACUGCUCUGCUACAAUGAAUUUGUAGGCCUAUGUUUAUAGCCGACUUGCUGGAUUGUCAUCAAAAUGCAUUGAUUUUAUUUUGCUGAUUCUUCAUUCUUUUUUAUAAAUAUUUUAAAAUUCUUUCUGGUCAUAUUAGAGUUAAGGUUUAUAAUUUAUUCAAUUUAUCAAUUGUUUGUUUUUCUCAGAUAAUUUUUAAAAUACUCUUUUUGUUGUCAGAUUGAGUCCAAAGUUCAACUUGAAAUUACAGAUUACAAGGGUGGCGAUGUUGGUUUACUAAAUGUAAGUAAUUUUUAAGUAAUUGUUUUUUUUUUCAUUGUGGUUAACCAUUUUCCCUUCUAAUUAGAAUAAUGGAUCACAAAAUAUAUAUAUAUAUAUGUGUGUGUGUGUAUGUGUAUAUUUAUAUAUAUAUAUAUGUGUGUGUGUGUAUAUAUAUAUUUAUUUAGUUAUAUAAACUCAAGUUUUUCCAUCCACUGUCUAUUCAAUGGUAAGUCUAAAGAGACUGUGUGUUUCUUUCCUCAAUAUAUAUGUACCAGUAUGUCAAAUAUUCUUUAAGUUUAUUAAUAAAUUAAAACAUCAAUAAUCAAGGAGUGUUCAGCUUUAAACUCAUGGGGUAAAAAUCCAAUAAAAAAUAUAACAGAAAUCCAAAACAGCCACCUGUAUGGAAAUCAGGUCGAAUUUGAAUGGAUUGAAAUUAUCUGGCCACUUUGUGUAUCAAAUUAUAACUCUCAAGGUGUAAAGAAGUUGGAUGAUAAAAAAUUUUCAUUAAUAACAUUACAUUAAAACAUCAGUAGGCAUUAGGAUUAAAGUGAUUUAAUGGUUAAUGCUCUUUUUUUCCCGUUUAUCAUUCUCCAGAAUUUUCCAAGUCUUGGCGUUUAUCACGUUAAAUACAUUGGUAGGAUUUAUCAUGUGUCAAGUUUAAAUGUUUUUUUCAGGUUGAACUGAUCCCCUGUGAUCCCAAAGGUAAAGAAUACACAGAGAAAGAUGAUGUUUACGUUGAGGAUCCCAAACUCUUGGUUGGAAAACCCAUCAAUUUUGUCUUCAAAGUUAUCAGUGCGCGAGGGUUGCCAAGCACGUUCACUGUAAGUUUUAGAAAAAUAUUCGUUUUACGUUGGGAUUUUUCCUUGAAAGUCUUGUUUGUGUUAUGUAAUCUGAGAUUGAUGAAUUUAUGAAAUUUAUACGUAUUUGAUAUCAAAGAUUUGCUCCUGAAUGUGUACGACCAAGAAACAAAAAACAACAACCACAAAACAGUCCCCUGUUCCGCUUAAGUACUUUUUCCACAUUACCAACAGUUUUUACAGUAGUUGAAAUCCUGCCAUCCACACAGAAAUUUUCUGACAACUCCUGUUGAAGUUGCAAUAGGACAUAACUGUUUUGUACUUUCUUGUGUCUCAACAGGACGUUUAUGCAAAGUAUCUUGUGUUUGAAGAGGUCAACUUCACUUCAACUGAAGUGGUGAAAAAUACCACAAACCCAGACUGGAAUCACAAAAGAGUAAUCAGUUUCCCAAAAGCUAGUGACAAAGUAAGUCACUUUAUUGAUACAUUUAGUGACAAAGUAAGUCACUUUAUUGAUACAUUAAGCCAUAAAAACAUGACAGGCAGAAAGAAAUCCUCAAGUUAAUAAGUCUGUCUCAGACCAGUGUUAAACAUUGAAAUUCUUUAAGUUAGACAUCUUUCAAAUAGAAAUAUUUAGUUAGCUUAAUGUAGACAACUUGAUUCAGUUAAAUGUAGACUUAUUAAAUUAGUUUAAGGUAGAUAGAUACCUAGCAGUUUUUAUUAACUAGUUUAGAAUUAUAAAAUAUUUUGUAAUUUUUAGUAAAGUUUAAUGGUAAAAAUUAUUAGAUUGUUCACCUUCAUUUAUGGGUAUGUGAUAGAGACUACACAUGAGUUUAAUUUUAUUAUGCUAUAAUUAUUUCAUUGUGUCUGACCCGUGUUUUGUUUACAGGAAGUUACAUUUCUUAAAGAAAGUGCCAUCAUGGUUCAAAUCUGGGGCAAACAGAAAGCUCCAAAAGAGAAGAAAAAUGUCAACACAAAGCUGGCCAAUCUGGCAGAUGCCAAAUCAAAACUUGGAGUUUCUGCAGCUAAUGACAAUGUCAAGGUUGGUUUUCUGUUCACUGGUUUAGUGCUUCAUUGCAGGUACUCAAAGUGAGAAUGGUUAUUAUUCUAAUGUCCAUAAAAAAAAAAUCUUCUCUAAACUCAAUGUACUUAUUUUCAAUUCAGUGCAUUGAAUGGUUUCUGUUCAUUUCAUUCCACAUCUUUAAAAUAAAUAGAUUAGUUAAGUCUUCUACCUUAAAGUAAAAAAUAACUAUCAUUCUGGGAUCCAUUAAAAUUGAUUGAAUUUGUUUAAGCCAAGAUCCUUAUGACAACAUAAUCAUAGUUUAAAACAAUUAUUACAUUAUAUGAAUAGUUUUUUUUAAUGAUAAAUUCUCUCAUACAUUUGCCAUACUGUAAUGCCCUAUCAUGUUUGAUGUCAAUACCGUAAUGCCCUAUCAUGUUUGCUGUCAAUACCGUAAUGUCCAUCAUGUUUGCUGUCAAUACCGUAAUGCCCUAUCAUGUUUGCUGUCAAUACCGUAAUGCCCUAUCAUGUUUGCUGUCAAUACCGUAAUGCCCUAUCAUGUUUGCUGUCAAUACCGUCAUGCCCAUCAGGUUUGCUGUCAAUACUGUAAUGCCCAUCAUGUUUGCUGUCAAUACCAUAAUGCCCUAUUAUGUUUGCUGUCAAUACCAUAAUACCCUAUCAUGUUUCCUGUCAGUACUGUAAUGCCCUGUGAAAUUCUUGUUGUCAAUGUUUCAGAGAUUUGAUGCUGAGAAAGUCAAGUACAUGAUGGAAGUCACCAUGUUAAGGAAAAGACAAGAGAAGAUGGAGGCUAAGCUGGUAAGUUUUUGGUUUAAACUCCUGCAGUUCAUGUUCAGUGGACUUGAUCAUCACAGUUUCUCAUUUAAGUUUAAGGCAAUUUCAAUACGUUUAUGCUGAUACUAUAACUAUGCCACACAUAGAAAUAACAUGGCUCUGAUAUUUUAUGCUAUAUAGAACAUAUAAUCAGCUCUGAUAUUUUAUGUUAUUUAAAAUUAACUUUGCUUUGAUAUUUCUGCUAUUCCACAAUGAUAAUUGGCUCUAAUAUUUCUGCUAUUUCACACAUUUAAUUGGCUCUGAUAUUUAUCCUAUUCCACACAUAUGAUUGGCUCUAAUAUUUCUCCUAUUCCACACAUAUGAUUGGCUCUAAUAUUUCUGCUACUCCACACAUAUGAUUGGCUCUGAUAUUUCUGCUAUCCCACACAUAUGAUUGGCUCUAAUAUUUCUCCUAUUCCACACAUAUAAUGAAUGGGCUCUGAUAUUUUACGCCACAUAUCACAUUUAAAAUGAAUUUGGCUCUGAUAGUUUCUAAUAUUUCGCACAGAGGCACAUCAAACAGAUGUUGGAUGCAGCCACUGAGCACAAAAAGAAGAAAAUCUCCACUUCCCUAAUAUCUCAGAUUUACUCUGCUGGCACUGAGGACCAGGCUCAGAAAUGUAUCGGUCUGAUACCAAAGGAAAAAGGUAAACAUUGGUACGUUUUGAACCAUGGCCAUUCAUUGUGUGAGCUUUUGAUAUGUAUCACUAUUAGUUACAAAAUGGUCCAGUCUUAUAAUAAUCUUACCUCCAUCCACCAACUCAUUGCCUUACCAGUACCUGUCAGGACCAUGUUGGUGUGCGUCUCCUUAUAAUUAUUUGAGGCUAACCAGGCUAGGUGAGGUUGGUUGUAUGGAGAAUCAGCUGCAGUACAAUUUAGCUGAUCCCUUAUCUACAUAUAGCUGGUGAGCUCAAGGGACUGUCAAAUUUAAAUACAGGGACAAGCAGCACUUCAACAGGAGGCCCUCAGAAGUGGAGUCAUCACGAUUGGAUCAGCUCCAAAUAUUCUCGUCUAGUUGAGGUUAAUGGGAGGACAAAGAAGGGGUGAUAGUUUAAAGGUCAAACUGGAUGGAAAUGGAAUCUGUGAAGAUGAAGCCUUCCAAGCCACCAAGUCUGCACCUAACAGCUAGCUCUCGGGACUGCCAUAAAAAUUGCUCAUCUGACUUUAUGCCAUAAAAACUACCCAGCUGAUUUUCUGCCAUGGUGCCAGGACUUAUUGGCUGAACCUUUGCAGUGGUUUGCACACAGCUGUUGACGGAUAUACAAGAGGUAUGGUCAGCCACAAGGUUAUAAAGAAAGAAACAGGUCACUUCAACCAACUAAGCACAUUAUACACAUUUUUUUUCCUUCUGGCUAAUUCUACUGAUUAAUGAUGCACACAAUUUUUCUAAUGAUAUUUUAAUUAGAAUUGUUUUCUUUUUUUUGAAAACCUCAGAUGAUGAUGAUGAUGAUGACUCCAGUGAUGACGAGGAGGUACACAAAGAUAAGGAUGAAAAACAAAAACAAGGGAAGGCGACAGAUUCACACAAAAAUGAUAAAAAAGAAGAAAGGCCAAAAUCACCUGCAAGUCCAAAAUCACCUAAAAGUCCAAGUCCACAGUCUAAAAAGUCAUCUCUCUGUGUCGUCCUAUGAAACCAUCAUUUAUUUGAGUUGCUUUGAUCUACCUGAUAUAUAAUUUAAUGAUAUUUGGUGAUAGUCAAGAAACAAUGUUACCAAUUGUUACCAAAAUGGGUUUACUCUUUUAAAUUAGAAUUAACUAAAGCUGAAAUGGAAGGGCAACCAUGGACACUUCUUGAAUUUAAAUGUACAAAUGCAACAUUUAUAUUAUGAUUUUCUGUAACUAACAUGAAAGGGCAAAAAUAUUUCUUUAUUAAUGCAUCAAGGAAUGUCUGAGAAACAUUCUAACAGUCUAAGUCAAUUAUUAACAUGUUGUUUUAAUCCAUUUUUGUUCAAAUUUACUUUUUUUUUAAAAAUCUUGUCUUUGAGUUGACUGUGGGACUUGACCAUAUAGAUUUCUCAAUACACUUUUUAAAAUCACCAAUGCCAAAAUGUGUGCUACACAUUGUAAGCACCUAGAAAGUAUUCUUUUUUUAAACAAAACUUUUAAAUUAUUCUUUAUGGUUUUUUGUGUGGUAUAUUUUAGGUGUGAAUGAAUAUUUUUUUGAUGAUAUCUAUUUUGAAGUUAUUACUAAAUUUUGAUUAGAGUUAGAAGAUAUGUAAGUAAUUAUGUCAUAAUAUAUUGCCUGCUGAGAUUUUUAUGGAGUAUCAUAAUCUUGUUUACCUAUUUAAAAAUGAUUUAUUCCAUCUGUUAACUUUUUCAAUCAAUCAUGAUUUUUGCCAAGAUUUUGGGCAAUUUUAAACAAUUUUUACCAAUCGAGGUAUAAAAUGAAUUGUCAGUCCUGAGAUCAGCCAUGUCAGGUCUAUUUACCACAAUGUUAUCAGGCAUAUCAGGUCUAUUUACUACAAUAUUAUCAGACAUGCUAGGUCUAUUUACCACAAUGAUUGUUAAUUUGCAUGUCAUUCUAGUUCAUUCAUUUAUUUCACCAUCUGUACAAAUUCAGUUUUUUUUUUUUAAAUUGCAGUCACUGUGUGUCAUCCGAAAGCCUAAAAAUAUGCAGUAAAGUAGGCCUAUUAAAUGCAUGAUAGAGUAGACCUUUUUAAAUACAUGAUGGAGUAGGCCUUUUUAACUACAUGAUAGAGCAGGCCUAAGUGUAAAGCUCUUAUUGCUUUAACAAUGAGAAAGAUUGUUGAUUUUACCAAUAUAUUUAAAAAGUGCUUUCAACAAAUUUAUUUGACAAAAGAUUUUGUAAAACAAAAAAAUAGAUCCUUUAAAAUUAUAAUAAUUAUAAAGUUUCAGUCUCAAAGAUCUUAAUUGACCAUUUAAUUACAUUAUUACAGUAAUUUGUUUCAAAAUUUAACUCAAAACCUUUAUGCCUUUUAUGACCCAGUGGUUCCAAAACUUGUUUAAGUGCAGAGCCUUAAAAAAAUUUUUUUUUUUUUAAAGCUAUAACCCAUUUCCUAUCUUAUCUCUUAUGUUACUGAAACAUUUCAUAACAUAUCUCUUAUGUUACUGAAACAUUUCAUAACAUAUCUUUUAUGUUACUGAAACAUUUCAUAACAUAUCUCACAGUUUUUGAGAUUUUCCUUUGCUAACACUCUGUGAUAAUUGUAACAUACAAUUUUAUUAUAUUAUACACUUUUUAAAUCAAUGUUUUAAUAAGGUUCAAUUGUUUAAUGAUUUAAUGCAAAUGGAUUAUGCAAUAAUGGAUGUCUAACUUAUUUUAUAUGUGUUUUGCUGUUUGUGCCUUUGAAAGAUCCAAC